AUCAUUCGACUUCAAGUGGAACAUCCUCGUUUAAGCCCAGCCGAUCACUGGUUUCUAUUCCCACUGCCCAUGUGAUGCCGUCUAAUGCCAGCUCUUCACUUUCCAAACACAGGGAAGCUUUCAAGUCUGAUGGCUCCAAAUGGAGUAGUAGCUUUGUACGGUCAGGAGGGGCCAGAAAUCAGGGCACCCUGGACAACUCUCUGGACAUGAAAGAUGCAAGACCUGUAAGAAAGUGGUCCUCCUUGUCUAAACUCAGCUCACCAAAUACCUUCAGCCAAGAUGGCAGGAAUCAUUCCGUGGACUCGAGGGCUAGCACAGACAAAGCUGCGUCACCACAACUGAGGGCAAAUGGGCCAAGUUGCUUGCAUGAUAGCAUGGAACUGCUAAAGAUUGAGGACAAAGAAAUGGGGAAAAAACGAUCUUCUCUGCUGGACUGCAAAUACAAAUUUGAAACAUGCAGCAAAGAGGAUUUUGCAUCAGAUUCCUCAAGUAGGAGAAAUGCCUUAGACUUGACCUACAGUGCCUUACCUGAAAGCAAACCUCCAGCAGCCCCUUGUGAAGCUUUCGGACAGAGAUAUGCAACUCUGGGCCCGCAGGCUGUGGGUGGAGCUCCCAUACAGCCAGCAGUUAGGACUCAAAUGUGGCUUAAGGAACAGUUACGUGCAAAUCCUCUGGACUGUAGGACCGCGGAGGAGCCCUAUGGCAUAGCUGCGUGGCAUAUGCAACAGCUUGAAGAUUUCAGAGCAGGAGGUGAACAGCCCGUGCAGGUUCCAACUGGAACGUCUCGUCAGAGUUAUCCAGCUACCAGCUAUCAGGACUUCAGCAACUUGGAAUCUCUAAUGAAAAUUAAAGAGGGGCUGCUAAGACAGAAAGAGAUUGUGAUCGAUCGGCAAAAGCAGCAAAUCAACGAUUUGCAUCAGAAGAUAAGGGAAAAUGAGUUACGAGCUCAACACGCAAGACUGAGCCAUCUUGUGAACUGCGAAGAACCUUACAUGACUAAUUUGCAGCAACCACAGUAUGAGAGCACACCACUGCAACCUCAUAUUUUGGAAAGAUCAGCAUUGCACUUUGAGGAGUUUGAACGGAAGAUUGCAGCAGCUGAGAAUAAGGAAUUACAACUCAGUGAAUUUGUAAAACAAAUUUCAAACAAGUCUAGUGAGGAAAAAAAGAAGAUGGAGGAGAAACUUAAAACUAGAGAUCGAUAUAUUAAUAGCUUGAAAAAGAAAUGCCAGAAGGAGUCUGAGCAAAAUAAAGAAAAACAAAGACGAAUUGAAACCUUAGAAAAAUAUCUGGCAGACCUCCCAACGCUGGAUGAUAUAGAAGGGCAGACUAAACAGCUGCAAGUUCUAGAAGAGAAGAACAGGCAACUUCAAGAAACUGUUACCGACUUGGAAAAGAAGCUCGGAGAGGUGCGAUCACAGUGCAGAGAAAGAGAAUUGCAACUGGUGUGUCAGAAGAAAAAAGAAAAAGAGCUGGUCACAACGGUACAGAGUUUACAACAGAAAGUAGAAAAAUGCCUGGAAGAUGGUAUUCGCCUUCCCAUGUUGGACACAAAACAGCUUCAGAGCGAGAAUGAAUUUCUCAAAGAAAAGAAUGAGAAAGCCAGUAAGGUCAUAGACAAUCAACAAAAUCAGAUAGCUGGAUUGAUUUUAGACGUGCAGUCUAUGCAAGAGAAACUUGUGCAAGAAGAGCUGAUAGUUCAGAAGAUGGCAAAUGAGCUUGAAGAAAAAGAAAGAAGUAUAGAGCAGUUAAAUAAAACUCUCUCUGAAAACCAAAGACUGAUGGAAGAGAACGUCUGCCUGAAGGAACAAAUGCAACAAGUGAUGCAGUCCAGGGAGCCAGUAUCUGAGAAGAUGCCUAUAGCAGACCAGUUGUUCAAGGAAAUGUCGCAUUGCUUGUUUGACUUGAGAGCACUGUGCAGUAUUCUUACCCAGAGAGCUCAGGGCAAGGAGCCUAACCUUUCCUUAUUGCUGGGAAUCAGAUCACUGAGCUGUUCCUCUGAAGAGAAUGAAAAUUACCACAGCACGGAAACCCUUUCGAAGAAACUCUUGGAUGUUCGUCAGUUACGCAAGGAUAUUGAUGAAUUAAGGACUGUGAUGUCGGACCGUUACGCUCAGGACAUGGGGGACAAUUGCAUUGCUCAAUGACACAUUUCAUCAUCAUAAGCAAAUGACUUAAUAAAUGCUGCUGUGUCACAGG